AUGACCAAGCGGAAAUCUCUCGGCGAUGAUGCAGAAAGGGCCUUUUGGGAUGAGCAGAUGGAAAAGGAUCUAGUUGAUGCUUUUCUAGUUGAAGUGAGAAAUGGCAAGCGGGCAGAGAAUGGUUUCAAGAAGGAAUCCUAUAGCCGUGUUGCCCACUUCAUCAAUGAAGGUCAUGGCACUACACUAGAUGUGCAGCAAGUCAAAAACAAAUACAGUUCGAAGAAAUAUGAUGUUUUUACUGCAUUGAAAAGCAAUUCUGGCUUUGGUUGGGAUGCGGAAAAUCAACUUCCAACCGCUCCAAUUGAUGUCUGGGAACGCUACCUCAGUGCAAAUCCUAAGGCAAGAGAGUUCCGGAAAAAAACUCUCAAGCACUAUCGGGAACUAGAGGAACUCUUUCUCGGCGUUCGCGCAACUGGUGAAUAUGCAAUAACGCCGAGUACGAUCUUCGAUUUGAAACCUAUCGCCGCUAGCUCCGUACAACCCUCAAAUUCUGAGCCUCAUUCACAGCCAGGUUCCGAUGGAGAGACACCACUGGCAGCGGAACCAGUUCCAAUGAGCCAGAGAAUUAAAGAGGAGCCCAGUUUGAAAAGAGUAAAGAGGGAACGGAUAUCCAGUGGAAAGGCUAUAGCUCAGGCAUUAUUAGAGAUUAAAGACACUGCACAGGUCCUAGCUAUCAACUUGUUUGAGAAUAUCCGGAAAGCGGAAAUUUUUAUUACAAUGAACCCGGGAAAGUUGAGAGAUGCUUGGCUCGAGAAGGAAUUGAAGAAAUACAAUUCCUCUUCAGGAUUAUGCGCUCGAAUAAAGUUUUGGAGAGCUGUAAGGGCGAGUACAAGGUGUAUUUGA